GAGGCGCCGCCGGCGGGGGCGGCAGCACCAGCAGCAGCGAGGAUGAGGAGGGUGGCGGCGGCGAAGAUGAGGGCGGCAGGGGCUGCGGCGGGGGGCGGCGACUGAGAACUGGUGACUGUUUGCAGGACUGGCAAAUGCAUUCCCGUUUGGAAAAUGGCGGCAUUCCUUCGCUACUUCCACUAGACAACUGACUUACACAGACUAACACGGCUAACUCCUCUGGAUCUGUUUUCCCUUUGCGAAGGUGAAAAAGGAGUAGAAGUUGUAAGAAAAUGCUUGGAUCAGAACGUGGGGUGGUAGAAGAAUGGCUAUCAGAAUUCAAGGCAUUACCUGAAACUCAGAUCUCCAGUUAUGCUGCCACGCUUCACCGGAAGAAAACAUUGGUGCCUGCUCUUUAUAAGGUCAUUCAGGACCCAAAUAAUGAGCUUCUGGAGCCUGUCUGUCACCAGCUCUUUGAACUCUAUCGUAGCUCUGAGGUUCGUCUGAAAAGGUUCACGCUGCAGUUCUUGCCAGAACUGAUCUGGGUUUAUCUGCGUCUGACUGCCAGCAAAGAUCGGCAGAGUAACGGCUGUAUUGAAGCCUUGCUCUUAGGGAUUUACAAUUUGGAAAUUGCUGACAAAGAUGGGAACAAUAAAGUUUUAUCUUUCACCAUCCCGUCGUUAUCCAAGCCAUCCAUUUACCAUGAGCCGUCUACUAUUGGAUCCAUGGCUUUGACAGAAGGAGCCCUGUGUCAACACGACCUCCUCCGAGUAGUUUAUAGUGAUCUGCACCCUCAGAGAGAAACAUUCACAGCACAGAACAGGUUUGAGGUGCUGAGCUUUCUUAUGCUGUGCUACAACUCUGCCAUUGUCUAUAUGCCUGCCUCUUCCUAUCAGUCGCUUUGCCAGAUGGGCUCCAGGCUCUGUGUGAGUGGGUUUCCACGGCAACAUGAAAAAUGCUGGAAGGAAGACUGUGGCAGAGUCGUCCUGGAUCCCGACUUCAUGGUCCAGCUCCUCACGGGGGUUUAUUAUGCCGUAUACAAUGGACAGUGGGAACGUGGCCAAGAAACCCUGGAUGACAUAAUUUACAGAGCACAGCUUGAACUCUAUUCUCAGCCACUGUUGGUUGCAAAUGCUAUGAAGAACUCCUUGCCCUUUGAUGCCCCCGAUGCAUCCCAAGGAGGACAGAAAGUCCUGAAGGUGGAGGUGACCCCAACAGUGCCGAGGAUUUCUCGGACUGCCAUCACAACCGCUUCAAUCCGCCGGCAUCGCUGGAGAAGAGAAGAUGGCUUUGACUUCUCAAACGAUGCUGACUUGAGCAUUCCUGGAUCCCCCAUCCUUCCUGGCUCCACAGACCUAGGGAUCAAACGCGAGCAAGAGGGGGACGUGCUGGUGCUCAGGACCCCUGAGCGUGGCUCACCGGAGCUCAACUUGGCAGCAGCCACUACAGAGGAUGUUGAUGGUAUCAAUGGAAGAGAAGAAUCUGUGAAUCUGAAUGAUGCGGAUGAAGGAUUUUCAUCAGGGGCAUCACUGAGCAGCCAGCCAGUCGGGGCCAAACCACCUUCAUCCACAUCCCAGAGGGGCAGCUUACGGAAAGGAGCAAGUGGGCGUUCGGCCAAAGAAAAAGAAGUGACCUCGGCUGCCAAGUCCAGCAGCGAGAGCCCUCGAGAGUCUGCCCGUAAGCAGUACCUACACCAGUCGGUCGACCUCGGUACAGGCGCAGUUGAAAUGACUCCUACAAAGAAACACCUGAGCCUGCCUGCCGGGCAAGUGGUGCCAAAAGCCAAUAGUGUGAGCCUGAUCCGGACUGCCAGUGCUUCUUCCAGUAAAUCAUUUGACUAUGUGAAUGGCGGUCAGGCAGGUUCCAUUGUUGGCAUCGGCAGCGAGGGCAUUACUAACUUAGCAGCAGGCAACACCAAUAGGUUUUCAACUAUCAGUCUACAGGAGGACCGCUUAGGCCAAGCUGGGAAUGGUCAAGAUAUCCUCCCUGCCGGAGCUCCUCUGACCAAGCAGUCCCGAUCCCCAAGUUUCAAUAUGCAAUUGAUAUCGCAAGUUUAGCUUUGUUGUCUUUCCUACACUUUCCCCUCUUACCCAGUUCCUCUUUGAGCAUCAACAGCAACUAUCAUCCUAUGUGGUGUGAGAACCCUAGCUUUUGUGAUCUUGUUCAACUCAUUUUCGAUACCAUAUUAUAUUUUGUACUGAAACAGCAAUAAAACCUCAUGUUCCAGUCCUUGCCCCCCCCUUCCUGCCCCCCCCCCAAAUGUGGUUGUGAAGCCGUAUAAUAUGUACGAUAUGCCUUUUCCAUGCCUUCCUUUCUCCUUGGGUGAUGUGCAAUCCAUUGUAGGCUGAUCAGUCCCAUUUCAACACUGUGAGUCUUGAGAAGAUCAGAGGAAAUGGCGAAUGUGAUCCCUAUGAAAAUGAAGCUUUUGGCUCUUCUGAGGAGUAGAAACGGGUUAGUUUUCUCAAUCUGCAGUUCUGCACAGACUACUGGAUUGUGACUUUUUUGUUUCAUGGAACCAGGAGUGCCUCAGAGAUGGCAGUAGGACUUCUGGACUCUGAGUUGGGGCCGCCAGUUCCCAGGGAGGGAGUGCUGUCGUGGCUCCUGGUGGCUGUCUGAAUGCACUUUGUCAUUGGAAUAAGAGGAGACCUCCUUCUCUGCCAUGCUCCACUCUCUUACCCCAAAUGUUUAAUGUUCAGCAACUGAGACAUGCAUGUUACCAAGUUGUUGCCCCCUCGGAAAGAGCGGGCGGUAAGUAGACAGUGUAGGUUACAAUGCACUUCUAAUGGCGUUGUAGCCAUAUUUCAUGUUCUGUGUCUUCCCCCUUCCCCCUCCAGGACACAGGGUUGUUUUGCAUAUAUACACUAGGACUUUGAAAAAUGAAUCAUGUUUAAAAUAACUGUGCAAUGGAAAAGGGGCACCCAGUUUUCCCAAGCUGCUUGGUUACUGCUUCUUUAAAAAAGUUAUUUUUGUACACUGGUGAUCUUGGAACCAAGCGAGAACAGCUGCAGUCUUUACAGUGGUGUGACUAAAUUCGAUUGCGGUAGAGAUGGCAUGUUCACCAGCAUGUUGUGUCAGGGAACAGAGGUCACGGUUGCUGGAAACACGGAACCAUUGGGUUUCCCUUUAAACAUUGUCCAAGCCGUGAGCGCGGUGGCAGCCUCCUGUCCCAGAAGGCCUGUCUUUUGACUACUCCCAGUGCAUCUGUGACCAUUUCAUGUAGCUAGUAGGGGGUUCCCCCCACCCGUGACGGUCUGAGAACUCGUGCCAGUGAACCCGCUCUCGAAUGCUUGUGAUUGGGGUGUGGGUAGUUCUCGGCACUGGCGCUGUCGAUCCCUGCUUUAAAUGGCGUUUCUUAUUCCAAAGGCAAGCGUGACCAUGCUUUGGUCUGCCUUGUGUACCUAAGAAACAAAAGACAGACAAUGUGUUCUUUCAUUUUAUCCCUUGCUAUAUGUUGAACUGGAAUUGUACAGGUUAUUUAUUAAUCUAGGGAAUGAAUGGAUGGUAUAUUUUUUCCCAUUGGCAGUUUGAGUUCAUUACAUUAGAUGAGGAAACUUUGCAGUAGUAAAAAUAUAAUGAGCUGUCUUGGGUGGAUUAGACUGUCACUCAGAACUAUGAAGUGCCAUUAUUUUGGUAGUGAACUUUUAAAACCCUUUUCAAACGUCACGGACUGUUGCCUCUUCCUCUUCUCCUUUUUUCCUCUCUGACUCUGUUUUUUUUUUUAAAAAGAAGCCUGGCCAAGCGAAGAGCCAUUUCUUGUAGCCGAGUUAUUAUAACAGUUGCUUUGGAAGGGCCCCGAGAUUAAACAUUAUAUAAAACAAAUCCAGGAAAGUUAAACGGUGACUUAGUAAAUACUUGCAAAUCAGUAUAUAUGGUGUUUAGCUUUCUGGGCCUUGCUUUUGGCUCUGACUUAAAUUGUUAAAAGGGCAAUGCCAAGAAGGUGCUUCAGAAAAUGCUUGUUUCCAUGGAGGGAUGAGGGGUGUGCCUUCCAUUUUCCAGGGCACUGGUCUGAUCCGUACUUAAAGCAGAAAUGUUUCCUUUUUCAAAAACAUUAGAAACUGUGGCAGGGACCCGGAGGGCCACAAGCCCAAGAUGGGUGUGCUUUUUAGGACAGUCGCCCAUUGUGCCGUGGGGCAGGCCACUGUUGAACCCGAAGACGCGCCCCAGACACGGCAAGAGAGGGUGGACUGAGGCCAGGUCAUCUGCGCAGAGAGGUGAAAAUCCCUCCAGGCGCCCCUUUGGGUCGUGGCGCAAACAAGAAGGAACGUUAGUCAGGGGAAAACCGCCACAGCCGUGCUUCCGACCCGUCCUGCUGCUUUGUGCCCAUCAGGAGGAGGAGGUCAGAUGCUCAAACUAGUUUUGAAAGGACGGGGCCGGCUUAUUUCUGACAGACAGUGGCGGUGCGCACAGCAUAUAAAAAUCUGCAUAUGAAGCCUAUUGAGGGUUGGCAGCCCUGCUGUCGAAUGCGGAGGUUUGUCUUCAUCUUGUGGGGCUUAUAGAUCAUUACACACACAAUAACCAAAAUAUAUUGUCUUGAGUUCAGAUUAAAAUUAGAAUAAUUUUUACGGGUGAUGUAGUCAGAUAUGGGUAUUCAAACUCAAACUGAUCAAUAUUUUGGUUCUCUUCUGUUCAGUUAAAUUGCUUAUUGUUUUCUUUGUUUUUACUCUCUUGGCAUAUUUUAAUCUUUGUGUGUUGUUGCUCUUUAUUUCAUGACUCUCGCAUGUGUUUAGAUCCUCUCCCAUACCUGUGGCCUCAGGUGAGGUGUGUUCUCUUACAAAUGAGUGCUGCUGAAGAUGUAUGUCUUACUGGGCCGAAGUAGACACGGCCUGGGAGUUCCGGGGUUGUGUUCUCCUGCACUUUUGCAGACUUCAGAGCAGUUGUAUGGAGAGGCUCACUUGACUGGAGAAGUGGCAGGGUGUGUGUGUGUGUGUGUGUGUAAUGGUUUCCUUCUCUGCAGUUUCUGUGGUCUAAAUCAUACUUUCCACACACACACACACACCAAGCUGCUUUGGGUGUCUUUUUAAUCAGGGGGAGAGGUUAAAUACCCCCCCCCCCAGUGUCACUUUCCAGUUAGAUUAACAACUCCACACUUGUAAGGCAUCUAAAAACCAGCCCCCCCCCCCCACCGAAGGCGCAGGAGCCCCUCAUCCUGUCUAGACUGGGCUCUUACUCACUAAAAGGAAGCCGUCAUUUCAAUAGCUUGUGGUUCCUGCUGCUUUAGUCUCUGCCGCUCCAUGCCAAGUUGUCCCAAAGGUGUGUAUGGAAACAUUCUGCACGUGCGGCUGCGUGGCUAUAAAUCAUGGCUUGAUGUGCAAGGAAGGGUACCCCGUUUCUUAAGAGGCUGGGAAUUUCAUGUAGGCUUGUGUGCUCCUCCCCUCUUUCUCUGAAAUUCCUCCCUAUUGUUCAGUUAAAAAUGCACAGAGAUGAAUGCAAAGGAAUUAGCUAGCUUUAAGUCAGAGUUUGUAGCCUGCUAUUAGCCAGGGCUUCAAAUACUGGUUUAAAGCUAACUCUGGAUAACAUUGAGCAUGAACCAGACAUAAUGCUAAAAACGGAAGCGUGUGAGGCGGAGGGUAUCGGGCUGCUUUUGAACCGGGGCCAAGUGAUCCUGGAGACUUCUGAGCGUGGCCCUCUGUGCUGGGUGAAUUGCUAGGGAAAGGAGAUGAAAGGGUGUCAGAUGGAGAUGAGUGUGUGAGCCUUCUCACAUGAAAAGUCAGUUCUGUUGGCAAAGGAGAAAAUGUUAAAACAGAAUAUGCUUUCCUGACAAAAACAGAUACUUGCUUGUAAAGACUUUUGCUCCGGGAAUUCUGUGGCGUCCUAGCUCCAAUUACGUGGCGAUGGCAGCUCCUGACAGUAAUUUGUUCCAGGCGCAGCUAACAUAAGAGCAGAAGGUGCCUCAGAGGUAUGCACUUACGUACCUGUGGAAGAAAUGUCAGAGAGGAAAAAGUUGCCUUGAAAUUGUAAAAUUGAUACCUUUUACAGGGACAGUUUACAAGCCAAGAGCUGGGUAAGGAGGACGAUGCAGCUUUUUUGCAUACACUGUGGAAGGAGGAGGUCGCGUGUCAGUUGAGCUAGCGUGUGACCUUCCAGCCGUUAGCGAUGAGGAGGAAAAGUAAAAACACACAACUACCAGCUAGUCGGCAGACUUAAAUGGAUGGGGGUUUUGGUUACAGGAGUGAGCAACUUUUCAGAAUUGCCCUCCCACCACAGCAUGACCGGAAGUGGCUGGAUUGAUACCCAACAAGAAGCAGCUUUGUGUUGACUUUGAAGGCUGCACCUCGUUCACUACAAAAGUGUGAGUUAUGGGCAGCUCUCGGGGUUAGUUCUGUCAGUGUGAAACACGUAUACUUCAUACGAAAAUGAGAAACUCCUGUCCUAGUGGACCUGUGUUAUUUAAACUACGUGUAGGAUUUGCAGAUGUGUUUGAUACAUAAAUCUGACGUUUCACACUUAAAGUAGUUGAUUCCACACGCUUUGCUUUGCUGAAAGUAGUGAAACUAUAACGUUUUCCAAUUAUUUUAUUUGCACUAUUUUGUGAACAGUAGACUUUGGUGAGGGACAUUUUGUUUAUGUGAUGGGUGUGUGUAUGUGGGUAGAUACUUACAUUUGUCACGUGUGGACUAUCGGUUGCCUCAGUUGUAUGCUGUAUGUAGAUAUAAUCAUAAUAUAAGAUCCUAAGGCAAAAUAUAUUCCUAAAUAGUGGCAAAGCUACUGCAUCUUUCUUACCUUUUAAUAUAUAAUAUGGUUUGCAGUUUCAUCUUUAAUAAUCAGUAUUUACUUGUUAAGGAAAAGUUGGCUACAGAUACAUUCUGGUGGAAUAAUUUUUGAGCCGGAAGUGCUACCACAAAGCUGUGAUUCAAACUGUGAUGGUGCCCCCCGCCCCCCCAUCCUGGGAAUGCGCCAAUUGCAAUUUAACUUGUAAAACAGUUCAGGUGUUGGAUGAUAUAUACUGUGUUAUAUUUAAGAAUUAUCAAACAAGAACAUACCGAAAGUCAACAUUAAGACUGUUUGGAUAAUUUUAUCCUGUAACAUUGUUUUCAGAAAACCACAUAUGUUGGAACAGGUGAGCUGUAAUACUCAAAAAGGAAGUCAGGCAAACCUUCAAGUUCAACUGGUGAAAUUGCCAAAGACUUGUUAAAUUGUUGUCUAGUUUUAAAUGCAUUACAUACACACAGGGAUACAUAGGGAUAGAUUAUGUAUGUAAAAUCCUUCGCUGGUCAGUUUGCGUUUAUUUUAUUACCACCACCACCCCCCAACUAGGUGCAACAAAAUGGACAAACUUGCUGGGUACAGUCUAGAGAGAUGUUUAUUGUCUUGAAAUCAUGGAGACUUCAUUGGCUCAGCUGUGUAUUGCAUCAUUGAGCACUUCUGUUCAGCACAUCUUAAAUAUGUCGGAUCCCUGUGGAUUUCAUCAUCCUUUUUUGAAAUUGACCAUUUAAUUAUUUCUGCCAUGUCUUAAGGCUGAAAUCCAAAGAGCUAGUCAAGAUGUCUUGUGCUUAUGCUAACCUCUUGAAUUUAAUAUUUUACUUUUCCUUUGGGGGGGGGGGAUGACAUACAAGCCACACCACAAACUCCAGCUUUAAAGAGACUUUGCUGAGUGACGUUGAGAGGUUUGUUUUCUAAAGGAAAAUGUCUGUAGCUCCCUCUUACGAGUUUUAGAUCAUGUACGCUUACCAUUUCAUUUAGUAUUUUAACUUUGUGUGCAGUUGGUAAUUUAAAUAAUCCAUAAUCUUCCCCUAAAAUGUGUAAUGAUAAUUACAUUGGUUUGGUAGACUAGAAGGUAUUUAUCAAACUUGAGGCAUCCCAGAGAGUACAUGAGGGAGAUUUUGAAAGUAAGUGCAGGUAAAAAUAGUCAUAGAACCAUUUUCAACACCUUGUAAAUGCAAAGAUAAAUUCAGCGACAUUUUUUUUUCCAUUUUGACACAAGAGUAAGGAGUGCAUGUGUGGGUGUAGCCAUUUUAAAUCAGUCACUUACUGCAUAACUUAGGGAUGAUUGGGACAGGGAAGGGUAUAAAUCACAACCUGUUCUAUAAUAAUCUUUGAAAAUACAAUGUAUAAUGCCGUUUCUUCUUGCUGUGCCAGUGGAAGACGCUCACGAGGGUGGAUCCCCCGUGUGGCCCUUUAGCCUUUGGGCACCAGCUCUCUCUGUACUCCCUGGAAGGGCAUCGGUGGGGCUUGUGGACCAAAGGACCUCAAAUACAGGAAGUUGCCGUGAGAGAGUUGGGCGGAAACUCCACCCGUGCCUCCUCCACCAUUUCGAGUGAGGGAAGGGCAGUUUUAUCCUCUUCCUCCGGCUCAAUGCAGCACGCCUGGCCUGGCCUGGUGGCCGGGGAUUUUCAGGGGUCACGGAGGACUGCCGGAGGGAGGGAGGCAAAGCGGAGGAGUGCAGCUGCUGGACUGAGCCCAGAGCAUCCAGGGUCGGGGCAGGCUUAUGCUGUGAGAAUUGGUUUAUAGUCCCUGAUUAAAAGUUCAGCCACCUUUCAGUGAAGUCUUUUUUUAAAAACAGAAUUCUUCCAGUCAGUUCACUCUCCUUUUCCAGAAGCAUUGUUAGAUACACAUGUGCAGUAAUCCUUGAUCAUUUGGAAGCUGGGUUCUCUGAAGCACAUGUGUGCAGGUUGCAGAAGCAGAUCCAAUGCGGUGCUGCAAGUCAUGAGAUUCAAUACACAAGCUGCCAUAAGGAGGAGAAACUGGACAAAAUCAUGCCCCCCCUCACCCUCCUGGACACACACAUUUUCCUCUACAGCAAGCAGUGCUUCCAUUGGCAUGGCAGCAAAGGGGCGCUUUUUGCCCAGUUCCCUUAUCUCAGUGUAGCCCGCUUCCCCCCCCCCCCCGCCCCGGGCCGCUGAGGUUACGUUUUAACCAUGCAAAUUCCAUGACCUUCAGCGUUGCCGUUUGGGAGUCCUGGGGAGUCCGUGCCUGACUGCCUUCUGCUCACACUUCAUAAGAUGUAACCCUCUGUGUUUUGCUUAGUCAUUAGUGUUAUUUUUAUUUCCGAGACUAUUCCUCUUGAAAUUACAUGGUAAAAAUAUUUUCGUGGAUGCAAAGAAGUGUAUUAUUAUCUAUCAUUUAUUUUAAAAACUGAAUCCCCAGGAAGUCUUCUGUGCAGUGUCUCAAUGCUGAAAUCCUUAUACAUUUAAAUCAUAUGACUACUCUUAAGCGUAAAAUAACAGAAUAGUUUCUGGUGCUUUAAUUCAAGUGGGACCAAGAUUCCUUCAUUUGGGUACUACCAUUAACCAGUCCAUCUAGUUUGAAGACCCAUAUCUUUAUCCUACAUAAAACAGGCCUUGAAAUUGGCACGCAUGGGGUGUGGUGGGGGACUACUGAAUUUUCUUAAGUUUACACAAGUUCUCCUUCCUUAAAACUUGAAAUUUUUAUUUAUGAUAAACGAGACUAGGACAGUCUGUAUCAUUUCCAUCCUAUAAUCGAUUUUGAUUUAGUAAUCAUUCUGGAUAAACAUGCUAGUGAAAAAAUUUCCAUGGAUCUUUGAACUUUUUUGUGUGCAUACAGCUGUUGCUAUUUUUAAAGCAAGACUGCUUAUAAUGUUCUUACCUUUAUUGUAGACAUUGUGGAAAGGGUAUUAAGUAAUUAUUUUUGUUUGAAAAGUGGCUUGAUACAUAAACUCUUAAUUGGGAACACACUUUCGGAUUAACCUAGAGGCAGGGUUAUCGUUAUUUGAUCCAGCCACCCAUCUAAAACUACUCAUGGGUCUGAAUAGUUUUUACAAACUAUUAAUUUAUUACAAGUUGUGAAUGGAGAUGCCCCAAUGCAUUUUUAAUAUUUGUAAUAAAAUGCAAUUAAUCUUUUGAUUCUUACUGUCCUGCUGAGUUGAAGUCAGUUUGACAAGCAGCUAUGUAAUCCUCUAGGGUUGAAAGACCUUUCCUUCCCCUCUCUUUCUUGUACAAGGUUUAUUCUCUGAGAAUUUUGAAGAAUUUUUACUUGUUGACAUUAUGCAACCUGUUUUACCUCGUUCAUGAAAGAAGCAUAGUCAGAAAAAUACCCCACUUAACUGUAAACACAAUCUGUUUGGCAAAAGGACUUGAAGUUAUGUUAAUAUGCCACCAGCAUGAGUGAGGAUGCAUGUUGGUUAAUGACACCCAAAACAUUCAAGGUUAGGUGCUGGCAAAAGACUAAUCGAAACGGAGGUGUGAUAAAUGGCAGUGUAGUAUCGGGGUGAUCUAAUGUGAGCCCUGUGGAAGAACGCUCAGCUCAGAUGACAUGUUUGAAGAUCGUUAUAUUCGUGCAUGUCAGCCAUUAUCUUAACUGUCUUACUGAACCUGGUUAAUGCUGUUGACUGUUGUUGAAAUGUGAAAUGUAGUUAACUGUUGACCUUGUAAAUAUCUGCCAGAGAUAAAGGAUAUUUUAAAUCAUUGUAAAUACAGAUGUAUAAAAUUGAAAGAAAUCUGCAAUGCAGAGAAAAUAUAUAAAUAUAUAAAGAUUAAAAUAAAUAUUGUGCUG